AGAAAAAAGCUGAAAGGAAAGCAGUGACAUUGCUUAACCUUAAACCCUAAUUUUGGAAUGAAAGGGUGAAGCGAAGAGAAUAAGUUGAUGGGUCGGCGAAAGAACAACAAUCAGAGUUCCUCAAGCAAGGAAGACACUAACAUGAAUAACCACCAUCGCUUUGAAGACGCUGACGAGCCUGUCGACGAGAGUUCCAACCUCGACCAAUCCAUGUGUCAUAUCGACGACUCCGAUGAUAAAACCAGCGCCGACUAUUACUUCGACUCAUAUUCUCAUUUUGGUAUUCACGAAGAAAUGUUGAAGGACACCGUGAGAACCAAGACGUAUCAAAAUGUUAUUUAUCAGAAUAAGUUUUUAUUCAAGAAUAAAGUAGUUCUUGAUGUGGGUGCUGGGACUGGGAUUUUAUCACUAUUUUGUGCCAAAGCAGGGGCAGAACACGUUUAUGCAGUUGAGUGCUCCCAUAUGGCCGACAUGGCAAAGGAAAUUGUUGAAGCUAAUGGUUACUCUAAUGUCGUAACAGUUUUGAAAGGAAAGAUUGAAGAAAUUGAACUUCCAGUUGCUAAAGUUGAUAUAAUCAUUUCAGAAUGGAUGGGGUAUUUCUUGUUGUUUGAGAAUAUGUUAAAUUCUGUGCUUUAUGCACGUGACAAAUGGCUUGUGGAUGAUGGAGUUGUGUUACCAGAUAAAGCAUCCCUCUAUCUCACUGCCAUUGAGGAUGCAGACUACAAAGAUGAUAAAAUUGAGUUUUGGAACAAUGUGUAUGGAUUUGACAUGAGCUGCAUCAAGAAGCAAGCCAUAAUGGAGCCUCUUGUUGACACAGUUGACCAGAAUCAGUUAGCUACAAACUGCCAGCUACUCAAGACAAUGGAUAUCUCAAAGAUGUCUCCUGGGGAUGCUUUAUUCACAGCACCUUUUAAGCUUGUAGCUGAACGUGAUGACUAUAUUCACGCACUUGUUGCAUAUUUUGACGUGUCAUUUACAAAGUGUCAUAAAUUGAUGGGCUUUUCUACAGGGCCAAGAUCACGAGCAACACAUUGGAAACAAACAGUCCUAUACCUUGAAGAUGUCUUGACCAUAUGUGAGGGGGAGGCAAUUGUAGGGAGCAUGACAGUUGCUCCAAAUAAAAAGAAUCCUCGUGAUGUUGAUAUCAUGCUCAAGUAUUCAUUGAAUGGAAAGCGAUGCAAUAUUUCAAGGGUUCAGUACUACAAGAUGCGUUGAACCUGGUUUAUUGAGUCUUGUUUUCGCAUUGCUAUUACUCCAAUUUGUAAUUUGUAAGAUUUUGACAAUUGCUGCUUCUAUUUUAAAAUAGAGGUUGCCUUUUAAGGGUUGUAACUUGUUUGCUAUUUUAUUUGAAUUCUUAAAAUUUUGCUCAAUUAAGUUCCCCAUGUAAUGAUAAAAUUUGGAAUCUAUUUAUUGUCUACAA